UACUCGACACAAACCCGUAAAAACACAGGCCGAUCUCGGCUCGCCCAUCGUGCCGAUCUCGGCCUCCCGGCUCUCUCCACUCGCCUCAAUCCCCAAUGGCCGUCGACACCACCACCGCCGCGCCUUCCCACCCUGAAGGCGACGAAGGCGGUGAAGAGGCAGUGCGGCCGCUCCUCUCCGGCGCGCCCGCUGAGGUGGAGGAUGAGGAACUGGACAUCAGGUACGCGCCCUAUGCGCGCCGUGAUGCGUACGGGCCGAUGGGCCGCGGGCCGCUCUCUGCGGCGCAGGUGGCACGGUUAGUGCUGGCGGGCGUCGUUCUCCUCCCGCUCCGUCUCGUUGCAGGGGUGCUCCUGGUCGUCGCCUACUACCUCGUGUGCCGUGUGUGUACGCUGUUUGUGGGCGGAGUGGGAGAGGGCCGUCCCCGCCUACAGGGGUUGAGGAGGGAGGCCGUGCUGCGUGCUGGCCGCGUGUUGUCGCGGGCAAUGCUGUUCGUGUUCGGGUUCUACUGGAUCCCCGUGUCCGAUCGAAGCUUCCCCAAUGCCGAGGAUGUACCUAAAGAUCACUAUGAAGAACUGGAAAGACCAGGGGCGAUUGUAUCUAAUCAUGUGUCAUAUGUGGACAUUCUUUAUCAUAUGUCAACUUCUUCUCCGAGUUUUGUUGCUAAGAACUCAGUGUCCAAGUUGCCGUUGAUUGGUCUCAUAAGCAAAUGUCUUGGGUGCAUUUUUGUUCAACGAGAAUCCAAAUGUUCAGAUUCUAAAGGUGUCUCAGGUGCUGUAACUGAAAGGCUCCAUGAGGUUUCACAAGACGAGAAUUCCCCUAUGAUCUUACUCUUUCCUGAGGGUACUACUACGAAUGGGGAUUACCUUCUUCCAUUUAAGACAGGAGCCUUUCUUGCAAGGGCACCAUUGCAACCUGUAAUUUUGAGAUAUCCUUACAGGAGAUUUAGUCCAGCCUGGGACUCCAUGGAUGGGGCACGUCAUGUGUUUUUGCUCCUCUGUCAAUUUGCAAAUUACAUAGAGGUGGUUCGCUUGCCUGUAUACUAUCCUUCUGAGCAAGAAAAGCAGGAUCCUAGAGUCUAUGCCAACAACGUCAGAAAAUUGCUUGCGACUGAGGGUAAUUUAGUUCUGUCUAAUCUUGGGCUGGCUGAAAAGCGUGUGUAUCAUGCGGCACUUAAUGGACUGUUGUGUCAAAGCUAAUUUGGAUACACAUGAUGAUAGUUUUACCUUUUGUCUUUGUACAUCGUGAAUUAAAUUUCUCAGUGAGGUCAGACACCAUGUACAUGUGUGCGCCUUUGAAACAAACCUGAGUUAGGUCUUUGGGCCAGAAGAAAUAGAGAUAGACGGGUAAAAGUUGAAAACUAACCUCUGUUUAUUUGAUUCGGCAUGUGAUUUGUUUCAUAUCCACUAAUGCGGCGUCCUAAUUGAACUUCUGCCAGUGUGUAUCAAAUAUUAGUCCUAAAUGGGAACUUCUGCCACUGUGUAUCAGAUACUAGGCCUAAUCGAA